AUGGCCCCUCAGAACGUGCCGCGACCGUUAGCCUACGGAUCGUUCGCAUCGGAUCCAGAGAGAUUCUUCUACAUUCAAGCCUUCUGUGACAUGAACGACGAAUUGCCUGAUGUCGAUGAGUUCGUCGCUAUACUGGCGAAGAUACAUCAGAAGAAGUCACCGACUGGGAAAUUUGGUUUCCACAUUACCACUUUCCAGGGAAAUAUUCCGAACCACAACGAGUGGUGUGACACCUGGGAAGAGUACUUCACUCGCAACCUGAUUUCCAUAAUCGAUCUGGAGCGACAAAUCCAUGGCGAAGACCCGGAAAUGGAUGCGCUAUCUUCCGAUAUAGUGAAGAAGGUAGUGCCCCGACUCCUUCGUCCGCUUGAGACCGGAGGCAACAAGAUCGAGCCAGUCUUGAUGCAUGGUGAUAUGUGGCAUGGCAAUGUCAGUGUUGACAACGAGACGGACGAACCGAUCCUAUACGACGCGGGGAGCUUUUAUGGACAUAACGAAUACGAAGCAAAUCCGUGGCGCGCGACGCGGUACCAGUUCAAUCGUACGCAUUUGCGCGCAUACCAUAAGCUCGUGCCUGUCUCGAAGCCAGCAGAAGACCAUGACGACAGGAACGCCCUCUACGCAGUUCGAUGUGACCUGAUGGUGUCGUGUUGCUGGAAGCAGACAAAGAUUACUCGGCAGUUGGCGAUUGAGGGGAUGCGGCGCCUGAUCGCGAAGUUCCCAGAUGGAUACGAGGGCUACGUCGCCACGAAUGAGGCGAGGGGUAAACGCGAUUCUGGGAAAUUCGCCGAGGACGUAUAG